AUGUCGCCACCCUUGCCUUCGUUCCCCCUGGCUCAACAGGCGCAAAUAAUCCGUUCAAAUCAACGGGAUGUAUUCCAGGUCGCGAGCUUGCGCGAGGAAGCGGAGAAUGUGCUGCGCUCGUGGCUAGGGACCAGGUGGCUGACGCGCUGGGACAAGGAGAUUGAUUUUGCUGUAAACAUUCUCUACUACGGGCUUACUGUCGGACUGGGCUCGCAAACUCUUGGAGAAGAGUAUACAGACAUCUGGCUUCACCCCUCUCGCACACGACGUCGCCUCAACCCACGAUUGCGUGCUGCUCUCGUUCUGCUGCCCACACUCCCCUCCUACCUUCUUCAUAAGUGGGGCGCAUCCCUUUCCCAAACUUCUCUAAUAGGUGCAACGCUGCGCAAUAUCCCUACCCUGCUGGAAGUCUUGGCGGAAGUUAAUCUUGCUAUCUUCUACUUGAGAGGUACAUAUUACAAUCUCGUGAAGAGGCUACUAGGGAUCAAAUACAUUUCUGCCAUUCCGGGGAACCCCAAUGCACGACCUCCUUCAUAUGCUCUGUUGGGAAUAUUGCUGGGCGUUCGCCUCAUCCACAGAGCUCUGACAUACCUCCGCACGCGAGCAAAACCAGGCGCGGUCAAUGGCACGAAGGGAAAACGAAUAUCAGAUGGCGAGGACGAAAUUUACAUUGAUGACCGUCGAAUCUCCACGAUUCUUGAAGACGCGAACGUGGAGGACCCGCCCCCUGUGCCGGCAGAUGAGGAUGAACGCACUGUUCUUGACGUAGCCAAUUUGCCACCAGCAGUUAGGGCAGGAAGAACGUGCACGCUAUGCCUGGAGGAACGUACAGCGACUUGCGCUACAGAUUGUGGUCAUUUGUUUUGCUGGAAUUGCAUCGUAGGCUGGGGUCGGGAAAAGGCGGAGUGCCCACUGUGUCGACAAUCACUGAACCUAGCCUCACUGUUACCCAUAUAUAACCUGUAG